AUGUUUGGCUCAAGGUUUCUGCUCUUCGGAGCGCUGUUGGGAGCAAUCGGUGCUGAAGCUGCUCUAGAUGAUCGGAGCUGUGAUCAGACGAGGACACAAAUUGUGAAUCAGACAGACAUCGACUUUUACAGCAAUUGUUCAACCAUUAGCGGCUUUCAAUUUUUCAUCAGCCACGAAUUCAAGGGUCCCUUCGAGUUGCCCAAUGUCAAGUCCGUGCCGGCAGUAAGCUCUGGAUAUUUCGGACCCAAGCUCACAGGCUCUACUCGAGUGGAUGAUGGUGUUACCAGUGUCUCCAUGCCAGAUCUUGAGCGAAUAACACAAGGAGGACUGACCGGCGGAAUGCUGUUCGGCUAUGUGAAAAACCUGACAAGCAUCUCGUUUCCGAAACUGGAAACUAUUACUGGAGAUCUUGUUAUAAUCGGUAGUAGUGAAAUCAGCAACGUAACAUUCCCAGCCUUAGCCACGGUUAACGGAGGCGUGCUUCUUGACGGCUGGUUUGACGAAAUCAGCCUACCGUCACUGAAAAGCGUUUCCUUCAUCAGAGUGCUCGCCUCCAGAAAUGUGAGCUGUCCGGCUCUGGGAGCAGCUUUCGCUUCCAUCACAUUCGCCCCUAAAUCGACCGACAUCUACAAGGGGUUCACUUGCUGGACUCCUGAUGAAAGCAACAGAUGGAAUUCGUCGGACCCUCAGCAUAAUCCCACCUCGACUGGUUCAGAGCCAGGUUCAACGGCGAAUCCAAGCUCCACGGCAAACCCAAGUUCCACGACAACGCCAAAUGUCGCAAGUGCCCCGCGUAUUGGUUAUGCUGCAGUGUUGGUCAUCGUUACAUGGGUACUUUGUUUGUAA